UGUGCUCUGCCGGGCUCCGAGGGCGGUCAGGUGCAAAGGGGCGGAGGCUCUAGUGCUCUGGCAGUGCGUUCGGGGCGGGCCAGCCGGCGGGGCAUUUAAACCCCAGCUGACCGCCGGCCUGGGACACGCGCAGGCUCCGCGCCCUCCUGCGUCGACUCAGCUUCGGGUACCAGCCAGGCAAGAUGCGGUCUUCCCUGGCUCCGGGUGUCUGGUUCCUCCGCUCCUUCUCCAGGGACAGCUGGUUCCGUGGCUUCACCCUGCUGCUCACCUUCCUCAUUUAUACCUGUUAUCACAUGUCCAGGAAGCCAAUCAGCAUUGUCAAGAGCCGUCUGCACCAGAACUGCUCAGAGCUGAUCAAACCCAUCAAUGAUACCCACAGUUUAAAUGAUACCUCGUGGUGCAGCUGGAGUCCAUUUGAUAAAGAUGACUACAAGGAAUUACUGGGGGCUGUGGAUAAUGCCUUCCUUGUGGCCUAUGCCAUCGGCAUGUUUAUCAGUGGAAUUUUUGGGGAGCGGCUCCCCCUCCGUUAUUACCUUUCAGCUGGAAUGCUGCUCAGUGGCCUUUUCACCUCCCUCUUUGGCCUGGGAUAUUUCUGGAAUAUCCAUGUACUCUGGUACUUUGUGCUCAUCCAGAUCUGUAAUGGACUUGUCCAGACCACAGGCUGGCCCUCAGUGGUGGCUUGUGUCGGCAACUGGUUCGGGAAAGGGAAGCGGGGGUUCAUCAUGGGCAUCUGGAAUUCCCAUACAUCUGUGGGCAACAUCCUGGGCUCCCUGAUCGCCGGCAUCUGGGUGAACCAAGAGUGGGGUCUGUCAUUUAUUGUUCCUGGUGUCAUCACAGCUAUCAUGGGCAUUAUCACCUUCCUCUUCCUCAUUGAAUACCCAGAAGAUGUGGACUGUGCCCCUCCACAGCACCACGAUGGGUCAGACAAGGACCAGGACAACCCUGAGGACCCUGAAAACAGUCCCUACACUAAUAGGGAGAGCAGCCAGGAGACCAUGACCAGCUGCUCCAAGGAGCCAUGCGCUGAGCCUGUGGCCAUCAGCUUCCUGGGGGCACUCAAAAUCCCGGGUGUGAUCGAGUUCUCUUUCUGUCUGCUCUUCGCCAAGCUGGUCAGUUACACCUUCCUCUACUGGCUGCCACUUUACAUCUUCAAUGUGGCUCACUUUGGUGCCAAGGAGGCUGGGGACCUGUCUACGCUCUUUGAUGUUGGUGGCAUCAUAGGUGGCAUCAUGGCAGGGCUCAUCUCUGACUACACCAACGGCAGAGCCACCACUUGCUGCAUCAUGCUGAUGUUGGCUGCCCCCAUGAUGUUCCUGUACAAUUACAUUGGCCAGAAUGGGAUUGUCAGCUCCAUAGUGAUGCUGAUUAUUUGCGGGAUGCUGGUCAAUGGUCCUUAUGCACUUAUCACCACAGCAGUCUCUGCUGAUCUGGGCACUCACAAGAGCCUGAAGGGCAAUGCUAAGGCCCUCUCCACUGUCUCAGCCAUCAUCGAUGGCACGGGCUCCAUAGGUGCUGCUCUGGGGCCCCUGCUGGCUGGACUCAUUUCCCCCACAGGCUGGAACAAUGUCUUCUACAUGCUCAUCUCUGCUGACAUCCUGGCCUGCUUGUUGCUCUGUCGGUUGGUGUACAAAGAGAUCCUGGCUUGGAAGUCAUCCCUGAGCAAAGGCAGAGGGUAUAAAGAAAUAUGAAGCCUCGAUUGGAAAAGAAGUGUGGAGGGUCCCUGUUGGGUCCCCAAAGCACUCCACAUGGGCAAGACAAUGGAAAUUUCUACUGACAGGUGAGGCAAAGCCUCCUGAUCCAACACCAGCCGACCUAGCCCAACCCAUGAAGCUGCUAAGGGUACAGAAAAUUCUCUGUGGGAAGGGACUGCCAAGCCAAGGACAUAAAAGGCUCAAGGACUGAGCUCUGAGAGCUGCAAGCAGAAGGGAUGGGAUCAGAGCAGGAGGGAAGGACAUGCAGACUACUGCUUAUUCAGAUUCCAUGACUGAAGGCAAAGACUAUAGGACCAAGGCCUGGAAAAGGUGUCUCUUCUUCGCAUGUUCAAUUCUCAUUUCUGCAAUCACCCAGUUCCUGUAGGAGUCAUCUCUCCCGUUUCAUAGGUGCCCAGCCUCUCUUUGUCUCUUUGUCCACAAAUCAGUCUUCUCUGUGUAUUUCCCCAAGUUGGGUCCUCUUAUUCUACCCCCAUUUGAUCCUGUUGAUAACUUCUUAGGCCAUUUUGAUUAAAGCUUAUGGCUGCUCUUCCAGGGCCAAGACUAUGGUAGGGCAAGAGAGCUGCCUCAGUAAGGGGGCACUUACUCUUGGGCUUGUGUGUGUGCCCGUCCUGACAGCUGAAUGCCUCUUUGCCUCACCCUGGUCCUUAGCCCUUGAUGAUGCCUCAGUGGACAAUGAUAUCAGUGUCAGUGUUAUGGGAACUGAUGGGGUGAGGCACGACUGAGAAUCCUAGCAUGUGUGGUACACGCUUUGAGAAUGAAUGCCAGUGGAUACUGAGUGUGUACUACACACCAGCUCUAUCAUAGGAAUGAAGUAGACAAUGCACAGUUGAAAAGGAUUCUCACCACUAGCACAAGUACCAGGUUGACAAGAAAUGAGGGUGCUGCUGGUUCUUUUGAGCAGCUGCUAACAUGCUGUUGCUUGGAGCUGUCAGCAGUCCCCUUCUAUCCAGUGUUCUGAUGUGCCUGCUUCUACACCAGGUCCUGGGUGUGACAUGCCAGGCUGACUCCUGGCAUUUUCGACUGACUUCUAUAGCUACCCAUCAGUACUAAUAUAGAUUUCCUUUGCCAGCUGUGCUGUGCUAAUCCUUGACAGGUCCUGGCCCAGCAGCAGCAAGCAGGGUUCACAGGGUUUGUUGAACUAGGGUCCCAGGAGCACACAUUUGGUGUGCAUUCAUGGAGGGCAUGCUAAUGACAUUGAUGACUUGCGGAACAUGCUGGAAGCCUCCAGCCUCAUAGAAGAUACAGCCAUUGUAUUUACUGGGAUACUGGGUGGGCUGGUGCAGUACCCUGGAUACACAGGUUAAAAUAAGUUGUGUUUGCUACAGUGGUAACACCUAGGGGAGUUUCAUGUGCUUGAUACACACUUUGGCUCUGGAAGGAGUCAGUCAGAGAUCUCUAAGUCUUCAGAGCCUACAGGGGCAGGACCUAUGAUAUAUGGCUUUAUGUUCAGAAUUUAUGAUUACUUCUCACAAGACCGGAAAGAUUUAUCUGACUUUAACACCUAGGAGGGAUAGGCUUAAGGAGAAGCUGUGUUACUUUUAAGAGCCACUAGAUGGUGAUACAAUCCUGUGGUAGAGUCCAGCGUGGGCAGGUGUUGCGGCCCUGCUUACUGGAAGGGAGAGUGCAGAGGUUUCCUUACUGGCCCUCUCUGCUGGGGAUGAUGGUCAGGGGAGAGGGUGUGGCUCUUCUGGAGGUCUUCUCUUCCCUACCUUCACUGUUAACUAGCAUUACACCUAUUUCCUUUUCUAGAAAAUGGUAAUAACAUUCCCUACCUCAUAGGAGUGGUGUGGAAAGGAGAUCAUGCCCUUAAGGAACUUGUCUCAUCAGGGAUAAUAUAAGGGAUAUGAAUAGGCUUAUAAAUGACACAAGCCUCCCGCUGCCACUUGCAGCAUUUUAUCACCUCUGCUCUCAUCCAUCCUCUUCCCCAAUCUGCUGCAUAGCACUGGUGUCUGUCAUAAAUGGAUGCCAUGCUGCUCUACUAAGACUAAACUCCCACAGGACAAAGGAGUGAAGAAAGAAAAUGGCAGCCCACCUGUCACGUUUCUAAGCUUGUCCCUUCCUGCCCACCUCUCACUAUUUGCAGCAACUGAAUCAGUUGAGCAUCUGCCUGUUUAGCCAACAACUCUUAAGGCGAUCUGAAGGGAGACUCCAGCACUAGGAUCUCUGGGAAAUGAACAAGACAUAUCAGCUCCUCUCAGCAGAUAAGUCUGGCACUGGAGAGAAGCAAGAAACACUGUGGGGCUCAGAGCAUGGCCUUGGAAAUGAGGGCUUGGGCUGUGGCUGGGCAGUUGGGGAAAGCUCCAAAAGCUGGGGGUUCCACAGUGCUGAGAUCUGCCCCUUGGCACUCACCAUCUAGGGCCAGGCUGUCCGCCCUCCUCAGCUCUGGGCAUUGGCUGUUCACUAGAGGCCUGGUACCUGCAUUCUCUCUGGGCCUCUGCACUCACACGGGGCUAAUGCAGGAGCAUUACGUUAAUUAGUUAUUCAUUUAAUUUAACUUCACAUUUGGUCUCAAUUAAGCUUAAAAUGUUCUUCCUCGUAGAUGCUACAAUAGCACUUGUAAUUAAAAAGCAAUAAUUCUUUGCGUUUCUCCUUUAGAGAUCCAUUGGGAGGUUGGCUAGUGUGUGUGGGACUAGUGUUGGUGGAAGGGUAUUGGGGGAGGAGGAGGUAAGAAGCAAUGGAAAGAAAGGGAAAGAAGCUCUCAAUAGAGCUUAGCAUUAUGAAGCUGCCAUGAAGACUAGUAAUUGGGAGGAGAAACUCAACAUGCCAUGGGGAUCUGGGAUUGAGGUGUAGAGAGUGGCUGCAGAGAACCCUAGGAAGUGGAUAAAACAACAGACCUUGCACAUAAGGUUGUGGGAAUGAAGAGAGGGCCAAUGGAGCGUAGGAGACAUUCCUGAUAGCUGGAAGAUGGGACCAUAUAUUCCAUAGUAGGUAGAUAGAAUGUGUUCCCUCCCCACAAAAGAUGUCUGUAACCUAAUUCCCAAAACCAGUAAAUAUGUCACUUUACCUGACAGAUGUGAUAAAAAUUGUGGAGGCACUACCCCACCUUGCUAGGUGGGCCCAUGUAACCACAGGGCUCCUUAUAAAUCAGAGAGAGAAGCAGGAGUGUCAGCUGGAAGAUGUUAUCCUGCUGGCUUUAAAGACUGAGAAAGCAUCCAAUGGCCAGGGAAUGUGGGCAACUUAGAGAAGCUGGAAAAGGCAGGGGAAUGUAUUUCCCCCUAGAGUCUCCAAAGUCUUGUCUUUAGCUCCAUGAAACACAUUUCUGACUUCUAACCUCCAAAACCAUAAUAUAAUAAAUUUGUACUAUUUUAAA